CAAAUUAUUUGAAGAUUUUGGAUGCCAACGAAUCCCAAAUCGUGUACACUCCCGAGACCGAGCACGGAUUUGGGGCUCAAGAAGCCUCGAUUGGUUGUUGAAGUUGUUCGUGGUUGCUGGCUGUGGCUAUUGGCUUUUGAAUCCAGGUAGGGAUCGGCCGGAGUAUUCAGAUUAGCGUCGAGCGAGGCGAGAUUGAGAUGCAGAUCUUCGUCAAAACCCUAACCGGGAAAACAAUCACGCUCGAGGUUGAGAGCAGCGACACCAUCGACAAUGUCAAGGCCAAGAUUCAGGACAAAGAAGGCAUACCUCCAGACCAGCAAAGGUUGAUAUUCGCAGGCAAGCAGUUGGAAGAUGGCAGGACACUGGCAGAUUACAAUAUCCAGAAAGAAUCAACACUUCACCUUGUCUUAAGACUCAGGGGAGGAACAAUGAUCAAGGUCAAGACCCUCACUGGUAAAGAAAUUGAAAUAGACAUCGAGCCAACUGAUACCAUUGACAGGAUCAAGGAAAGGGUUGAGGAGAAAGAGGGAAUCCCACCUGUGCAGCAAAGGCUCAUCUAUGCUGGAAAGCAGCUUGCAGACGACAAAACUGCGAAAGACUACAACAUCGAAGGUGGUUCUGUUCUUCAUUUGGUUCUUGCUCUCAGGGGUGGCCAUGGCUGUGGCUCUAUUUAGGCGACUGUCUGUACCUCAAGAUUUUAAAUAAACUAGUCAAAUUUGAUGUGUUCUAGUAGAAAUGCGGCCUGAACCCGACUAUUAAUUCAUGGCAAGCGACUUUGAGACAUGCUUUCCUCUGCAAAUAAUAUUAUUCUUCUGCAGCA